AUGCAACUGGAAACUAUUUCACUUAUUUUGAUAAUUUAUUUCAUUAAAUUACAUUGUGUCCUGUGUCAGAGAGAUAUCAAGCCAUCUGAUCUGAGUACUUCGUAUGAUAGCCAAAGAAUUCGACGAUUAAAGCGUGAACUUGCAAACAAUAUUGUAGAAGGUCCACAAGGUAAGAAAGGACCACGGGGUCCACCGGGUCCCACAGGUCCUCCAGGACUGCAAGGAGAAAGAGGGCCACCCGGUGAACAAGGUCCACCUGGUCCACCAGGCCCUCCUGGUCCAAAGCGUAAAGAUAGAAGGAACUUUGAAAAACCGGUAUUAGUGGGAAUAGCAGUGGGUGCACUAUUUGCGUGUUCACUUGCGCUGGUAUUCUUUCUUCUGUCUGCAACCAGAGUGAUACUGCGAAGUUCCAACGACGCUGAGGAAGAGUAA